AUGGAGAACGGAGUAGUGUACGGUCCCACUACCGAGGCGGCCCCGGGCGCCGGCAGGGGCCCGCGCAGCGGCCUGGCCGCCUACUUCUUCCUGGGCCGCCUCCCAUGGCAUCGGCGCAUCCUCAAGGGUUUGCAGCUGCUGCUGUCCCUGCUGGCCUUCAUCUGUGAGGAGGUUGUGUCCGAGUGCGGGCUGUGCGGAGGCCUGUACUUCUUUGAGUUCGUGAGCUGUAGUGCCUUUCUCCUGAGCCUCCUCCUGCUGAUUGUGUACUGCACACCAGUGCACGACAGAGUCGACGCAGCGAAGGUCAAGUCCUCGGAUUUUUACAUCACCCUGGGGGCAGGGUGUAUAUUUUUGCUGGCAUCCAUCCUUUUUGUUUCCACCCAUUUCGGGACCUCAGCUGAAAUUGCUGCAAUUGUAAGUACUUUGCAUUCUUAACCUUAGUGUUUUGGCUUCAUGGCAAGCUUCAUGUUCCUAACUGACUUCUGUGUCAUGCUGUGGGAGAAGCGGCAGCAGAACCGGCUGAGAAAACCUGAGAACACAGCGAGGGCCGAAGCCGUCACGGAACCACUCAACGCUUAGAGACACGGAGGUGCUGUGGACCUGAAGAGAGGCUCCCUCCGCCUGACCUUUGUCAAAUGUGCACUUGUCUUUUGGAGAGAAGGGAAGAGGCAGGAGGGCAGCUUGCCAGCCCCACCAGUUAGCUCAGAGGGUAUUUAAUAACUGUUGGAACCUGUCUCAAAUGGAGGGGGUUUGUUGUUGUUUGUUUUGUUUUGUUUUCAGAGACUAGGACUGUUGUCUCUGGGCCUGCAUGUCUGUUGUUUUACUACAGGACAUCCCUCACCAGUCUUAGCUUCCACACCGUGCCUUUUCCGUCCUUUCGGGAACUGUUUUACUUUAGAAUCAUUUGCUUCACUAUUAGUUUUUGAUGGUUGAAUUCUGUUCUGUUGUUGGGGAUUUCGUUUGUGUUUAAGAUGCUGGUGUGGGCUUCUUUCCUUAAUGUAGGACCCUUGUUGGUGCUGUAUCUCCCUCAGCCCUACACUUACGUGCUAACCUUUUAAGGCAGUUGUUUUUAAUUCCUC